AUGCAGCGGGAAAUCGGAGCAACAGACAGCGUGAGUGGUUUAAACUUCAACGACAUGACUAGGUCGUUGCUUGACUUUGACAUUUGCACCGUCGUCAUUUUUCCUUGUGCUUACUUUCUGUGGGAAGUCCCGCUACUAAUAAUUCUGCCUAUAGAACUGGACUUAUUAUCCGGACCUGCGUUAGCCCUUACGGCCUUAAGGUUGAUAAACUGGGCGCGACAACAGUGCGCCCGCCUGACUAGCCCAAGUACGCAACUAGCGUAUUUUUCGUCGAAAGUAGGCGUCGGUGUGAAUAAGAGCCUCCUCGUAUUCAAAUUAGCGGGUUUGGAAUUUCUUGUAUGUCGUCAUGUGUCCGUUUCCUUGCUAGGCCUAAAUCGUUCAUGCUAA